ACCGCCAAAGAUCUCGGUGGCAUGCUUGAAUAAGGACAAACGUUUAUGCGGUAUUGGUUCCGUCGAGUUUACAAGACAGUCACUGUCAUUGCUGGCUCUAAAACUUUGGAGUUAUUCAAAUAUUAUGCAAAGUUAUUUUAAAAGAUUUUUCAAAACACAAGACGCAAAGCUGCCAUGAGUUCUGUAAAUGCAAGUUUUUCCAAGAAUAUCUCCAUCGUUCAUCCUGAAUACUUUUUCGUCAUUGGGCUCACAGGUAUAGGGUACAGCAGUUAUUACUAUAUAUUCUUAUUCAUCACGUAUUUCAUAACUGUAGUUGGGAAUACUGCAGUCAUUCUCAUUAUAGUUCUUGACCGGAGGCUGCACAGUGCAAAGUACAUUGGUAUGUUUAACUUGGCCUUGGCUGACUUUGGGGAAGCUAACGCACUGAUUCCUAACAUGAUGAAGACUUUUCUGUUUGACUCUCAGUACAUCUACUACAAUGCUUGUAUGGCAAAUAUGUUUUUUGUGUUCCUCUUUAGUACUAUGCAAAGUUUCACUCUUGUUGUUAUGGCGUAUGAUCGUUUAAUUGCAAUUUGUUUGCCAUUGAGAUAUCAUAGCAUUGUCAAUAAUUCCAAUAUGAUUUUAAUUUUCUCAGCAAUAUGGGCUUUUAAUUCUUCUGUGGUGGCCUUGAUGGUGUCUUUGAUUGACCGACUUUCAUUCUGUGAAUCUAAUAUGAUACAGAGUUAUUUUUGUGAUCAUGGACCAGUGUAUAGGUUGGCAUGCAGUGACAUUAGCAAAAAUAAGAUUAUGGCGUAUGUCAUUUCAGCUAUGUACAUUAUAGCACCAAUGGUCGUUAUUGUCUUUUCAUAUCUGGGCAUUUUUCUUGCUUUAAUCAAAAUCACAACUUGGGAAGGACGAUUAAAAGCACUGAAGACCUGUGUGUCUCACCUGUUGUUAGUAGGAAUUUUUUUCCUCCCCUUAUUCUGCACAUACCUUGCCCAGCUCUUGCUUUCACUGAAUCCUAAUGCCAGAGUCAUCAGCACAUCUCUGUCAUAUGCAAUUCCACCAAUGCUAAAUCCUAUUAUUUAUGUUUUAAACACAGGUGAAAUUAAGGACCUAAUUCGAAAAAUGCUUAAAAGCAGAUCUGCACCGAUCAGAGAGAACAUUUCCAAAUGAGGCUGUAAAAUUUUUCAUUAUUUAAUUGGGUCUGUUUGACGCUAGAAAAGUUUGUUAAUUAUAUAUCCUCAUAAUCAAUUCAAAUUCUCAAAGAAAUAUAAUAUAUGAAACUGUUCUGUGACCUUUAUUAAUCAAGCUGGUUUGCUUUUGUUCUAUUGAUAUUGUGACAGUAAAUGAAGAAGUAAAAAACGUGAUUUAAGUGACCAAUCAUUGCCAUAGUAUGUUGACAUAUUUUAUACAACCUUAAACACAUCAUUCACUGUGAUUUACUUGUAUUUUUGGUUGAUAAAAUCAACUUAAAAGUGUGAUUAAAAUAAAUAUUAUUUCAAAAUGUUUUUCUUUUUUUCCAUAAGCUAAUGUUAUAAUGAGCAUGUUGGUCUCCACAUUUCCCAUUCUUCUCUGUAUAGUAUACAUAACAUGAAAGCAUAAUACACACAAAUGUAAGUUUCCAUUUAUUGUGUCUGUUUUUAAAGGUCAUCAAAGGUCAUAAUGACCUCUUUGAUACUGAAAGGUAAUAACACACAUCAAUGUAAAGUCUCAGCCUCAUAAUGGUCUUUUACUGCCCUCUACUGGUAUCUUCAAGUAGGUGCAUAAUGUUUGAGUCUAUGUAUCUUAACCCAGACAGUGUCAUAUAAUUAUUAUUUCUUCAAAAUGUCUUUAAAUUUGGAAACCAAUGUUUAUCCUGAAAUAUGCUUGUUGGUGUAACUUUAAUAUGUUUAACUCUAAAAUUUUGUAAGAAUAUAACUGUUGUAAAAAUAAAAGUCUUCUAAUCUUUA